GCUGUAAUUGCAGCUUAAGGUUGUUGUGUUCAAUUUAAAGGUUAUGCUGUGAGAGAGCUUUAACGUUGGGCCUUUCGGAACCAUUCGUUAACCUAUCAGCCUAACAAAGUUCAAAAGACAGUUAUGGAGCCGAAUUGUUAGUUGGCCAGCUACUCGGAAAGAACCUUUACAUUUAUUGGCGGGAAUGGACCACUCAUCCUCCACGGAUUCUUUGUGAAACAAUUGCUUUUCUUUUGUAAUUCUCUGUCAAACUUAUUGUACGUUUUGCAAUGAAUGAAGUGGAGCUUGCCUCUGAUCAGGUUUUGGAUCAGAAUUCACCUAAAGCAAUGGAUCAACCAUCAAGUUCAAGCAAAACUCCCACCGUUUCAUUCUUUGCUCUAUUUUCUGCAGCUGAUAAAAUUGAUUACUUCUUGAUGUUUUUUGGAAGUCUAGGGGCAUGCAUUCAUGGUGCUUCACUUCCUGUUUUCUUUAUCUUUUUCGGUCGUAUGAUUGAUUCCCUUGGAAAUCUAGCUUCCGAUCCUCAAAAAAUGUCUACACAAGUUUCCAAGCAUGCCUUGUACUUGGUGUAUUUGGGGCUUGUGGUUUUUGUAUCAGCAUGGAUAGGUGUUGCUUUGUGGAUGCAAACUGGGGAGAGGCAAACAGCUCGUUUGCGUCUCAAGUACCUUCAAUCUGUUUUAAGGAAGGAUAUGAAUUUUUUCGACACAGAAGCCAGAGAUUCCAACAUCAUGUUCCACAUCUCCAGUGAUGCGAUACUAAUACAAGAUGCAAUAGGUGACAAGACAGGCCAUGCCAUGCGCUACCUUUCUCAGUUCAUUGUUGGAUUUGCCAUAGGAUUUGUAUAUGUGUGGCAACUAACACUCCUCACCUUGGCUGUGGUUCCGUUGAUAGCUGUUGCUGGGGGAGCUUAUACUGUGAUCAUGUCUACCUUAUCAGAGAAAGGUGAGGCUGCUUAUGCUGAGGCUGGCAAGGUUGCAGAAGAGGUUAUUUCACAAAUUCGCACUGUAUACUCAUUUGUAGGAGAGGAUAAAGCAAUUGAAGCAUAUUCUAAGUCCCUUAAUAAAGCACUUAAAUUGGGGAAGAAAAGUGGGGUUGCAAAAGGAGUUGGUGUUGGAUUUACAUAUGGGCUAUUGUUUUGUGCUUGGGCAUUGCUUCUCUGGUAUGCCAGCAUCCUUGUUAGGCAUCACCACAUAAAUGGGGCAAAAGCUUUCACAAUGAUUAUCAAUGUCAUUUUUAGUGGAUUUGCUCUUGGUCAAGCUACUCCAAACCUUGCUGCUAUUGCUAAAGGCCGGGCUGCCGCCGCCAAUAUCAUUAACAUGAUCAAGAAAGACUCUUGUCCUUCUAACAGCUCAGAAGAUGGAAUUGAGUUGCCAGAAGUAGAUGGGAAAAUCGAAUUUUGCAAUAUCUGUUUCUCUUACCCCUCACGACCCAAUAUGGUCUUUGAGAAUCUGAGCUUUUCUGUAAGUGCCGGGAAAACCUUUGCAGUUGUUGGUCCCAGUGGCUCAGGAAAGAGCACUGUUAUAUCUAUGGUUCAACGUUUCUAUGAACCCAAUUCAGGUAAAAUACUAUUGGAUGGACAUGAUCUCAAGACUCUUCGCCUCAAAUGGCUGAGAGAACAGCUUGGAUUGGUAAGUCAGGAACCAGCGUUAUUUGCCACAACUAUAGCUGAUAAUAUUUUGUUUGGUAAAGAAGAUGGAAGGAUGGAUCAGGUUAUUGAAGCUGCCAAAGUUGCCAAUGCACAUUCUUUUGUUCAACAAUUACCUGAUGGCUAUCAAACUCAGGUGGGGGAGGGAGGAACUCAGCUUUCUGGUGGACAAAAGCAAAGAAUUGCUAUAGCAAGAGCAGUGUUGAGAAAUCCAAAGAUACUACUUUUGGAUGAGGCUACUAGUGCUCUUGAUGCAGAAUCAGAGCUCAUUGUUCAGCAGGCCCUGGAUAAAAUCAUGUCAAAUCGGACUACUAUCAUUGUCGCACACCGGCUAUCCACUAUUCGAGAUGUCGACACCAUCAUUGUCUUGAAGAAUGGCCAAGUUGCUGAGAGUGGGAACCAUUUGGACUUGAUAUCUAAGGGAGGAGAGUAUGCAAGUCUAGUGGGUUUGCAAGUAUCAGAACAUUUAAAACAUUCAAAUUCAAUAGGUCAUUCUGAAGCUGAUGGGAAUUCUAGCUUUGGAGAACUUCCGCACAGUCAUAACAACCCGCUGAAUUUUAAGUCAAUCUCAACAGGAGAGGUGCAGUCAAAUGAUGAAAGAAUCGACUUAGCCAACCAUGCUUCAACUGCAUCGAUUUGGGAACUGCUGAAGUUAAAUUCACCAGAAUGGCCUUGUGCACUGCUUGGUUCAUUGGGUGCAGUUUUGGCUGGCAUGGAAGCUCCUAUGUUUGCACUAGGGAUAACACAUGUCCUGACUGCAUUUUAUUAUCCUGAUGCUUCUGAAAUGAGACAUGAGAUUCAAAGGGUAGUUUUGAUUUUUGUGGGACUGGCUGUGAUUACCAUUCCUAUAUAUCUUCUGCAACAUUAUUUCUACACUUUGAUGGGAGAGCGUCUUACCGCUCGUGUUCGUCUAUCGAUGUUCUCAGCUAUCCUUUCCAAUGAGAUUGGCUGGUUUGAUUUAGAUGAGAACAAUACCGGCUCGCUAACAUCAACUUUGGCUGCUGAUGCAACUUUGGUGCGGAGUGCUCUUGCUGACCGCCUCUCAACAGUCGUGCAGAAUGUGGCACUUACAGUUACAGCAUGUGUUAUUGCCUUUACACUAAGUUGGCGCGUAGCAUCUGUUGUUGUUGCCUCCUUACCUCUGCUUGUUGGAGCUUCUAUAGCUGAGCAACUUUUUCUCAAGGGGUUUGGAGGAGACUAUCAUGCUUACUCUAGAGCAACUUCUGUGGCACGAGAAGCACUCACCAAUAUUCGCACAGUUGCUGCAUUCGGGGCUGAAGAACGAAUCUCCAUUCAGUUUGCCUCUGAACUAAACAAACCAAACAAGCAAGCGCUCUUACGAGGACAUGUAUCAGGGUUUGGGUAUGGCAUUACUCAGCUAUUUGCUUUUGGUUCCUAUGCCCUUGGCCUUUGGUAUGCGUCAAUCCUUAUCACACACAGGGAUUCCAACUUUGGGAACAUCAUGAAGUCCUUCAUGGUUUUGAUAAUCACUGCACUAGCUAUAGCAGAAACUCUUGCUCUUACACCAGACAUUGUGAAAGGUACACAGGCACUUGCACCAGUUUUUAGCAUUCUCCAUAGGAAAACAGCUAUAGACCCUGAGAAUCCGACAUCAAAAAUGGUGGCUGAUAUCAAAGGGGAUAUAGAUUUCAGAAAUGUGAAUUUCAAGUACCCUGCCAGGCCUGACAUCACCAUUUUUCAGCAGUUAAAUCUCAAAGUUCCAGCAGGCAGAAGUCUUGCUGUAGUUGGUCAAAGUGGAUCAGGAAAGAGUACAAUAAUUGCCCUACUGCUGAGAUUCUAUGAUCCCAUUUCUGGAACAAUUUUGAUUGAUGGAUGUGAGAUUAAAACCUUAAACUUGAAAUCACUAAGGCUAAAGAUAGGUUUGGUGCAACAAGAGCCAGCAUUAUUCUCCACAACUAUUUAUGAAAACAUCAGGUAUGGGAAUGAAAAUGCCUCAGAAAUUGAGAUAAUGAAGGCAGCAAAAGCAGCAAAUGCUCAUGGAUUUAUCAGCAGAAUGCCUGAAGGAUACCAAACUCAUGUGGGUGAUAGGGGACUGCAGUUAUCAGGGGGACAGAAACAGAGAGUGGCAAUUGCUAGAGCAAUGCUCAAAAACCCUUCCAUUCUUCUUCUGGACGAAGCUACUAGUGCACUGGAUACAGAAUCUGAGAAGACGGUUCAAGAGGCUCUAAAUAAGCUUAUGGAAGGAAGAACAACAAUUUUGGUAGCUCAUAGGUUGUCAACAAUUCGCGAUGCAGAUAGCAUAGCUGUAUUACAACAUGGGAAAGUAGCUGAAAUUGGCAGCCAUACACAGCUGAUAGGAAAACCUGAUAGUAUCUAUAAGCAAUUAGUUAGCCUGCAACAAGAAACAAGCAGAAAGUUAUACUGAGUGAAUUAUCUUCCACAUUUUGCUGUCUAUAACUAAAGGUUUUCUUAAGAAAAUCUCCAUUUGAAACACUGCAUAUUCUUCAAGUUUGUAAGUUAAUUAAAAUUAUCAUACAAGAGUUCUAUAUACUUAAAUGUGCUGGAAUCGAAGGAAUGUUAAUGCUUUUUGUUAAUAUUCAAGCACUGAGAUAUCUUUUUGAUAUUUCUUUCUCUA